UCCAAGUAUAAGAUUGGAAAGAUUGAAUUUAUAGUGCAUGCAUGCGUUACUAGAGCUUAGUGAUUCAUAUCAAAUAUUCAAAGCCUUUUUCUGUUUGUAAGAGAGAGAGAGAUUGAGAGAGAGAUUGAGAGAGAGAUGCAGUCUGCAAAGGAGAAACUCAGCAACAUGGCAAGUUCUGCCAAGGAGCACGUAAACAUCUAUAAAGCCAAAGUUGAAGAAAAGGCGGAGAAAGCCGAAGCGAGGACUGAGGAGGAGAAAAAGGUGGCGGAGGAACGUAGGAAAGCUAAGGAGGCUGAAGCCAAAAUGGAGCUGCACGCUGAAAAAGCGAAGCACGCGGCGGAGAAGCUGAGCCGCAACAAGUAUGAUCACCACGGCCACCACGAGCCAUCGCUUGUUGGCACGCAUGGUGUGCAGAUCAACGAGCCUGUGGUUGGAACACAUGGGCACCAGCCUGUUGGAACCGCAGCUCCCUACGCUGGGGCAGCUAUUCCGACAUACCCGCUUGGAGGGCACCGUCCAGGGCACAAGUUCUAAUUAAGUACUAGAUUUGUUUGGCUGUAAUAGUCUUUGUAGUUGUGGGGUUUUCCUCCUCUUCUUUUAUUUUUUAUUAUUUAUUUAUUUUUUUUGGUUUUGAGUUCUGUAUGAUCAGAAGCUUGUUUCAGUUGUAACUUUUAAGA